CAAUCUUGCUCCACCACCUUAACUCGUCGCUCACGACAUUAUUCAUCUGCAAGCAGCAUUUACUAGUCGACGUGUUCUGAAUUAAUAUUCUCUAAAACCACCCUCAGGUUCAAGCCUCGCUGCAGGCCGGCGACUCGACGCGAGCGCCGUUUCAAACAAACAGCUUUCGUUUUGUUCGGCACCCAACCUCCCGGCAGCUUUGUCGCCCGCCAUGGAGCCAAGGCAGCCACCGCCAAAUCAUCCAUUCUCACAGCGCAACCCGUCGCCGCUCUUCAACCGCUCUCCCUUCCCGCCCAGCACAUCGGCUCCUCCUCAGGGUGGCUUUGCUCCCACGUCGCAUCCUCCCUCCGGUCCUCCUCCACCGCCGCCGAACGGAUCGGCUUACCAAGACCAUCCGAGUCAUCAUCAACGACGUCCGUCCGACCCACACUUCUUUCCGCAGUCGCGCCCAGCUUACGCCAACGAGCCUGCACCACAUCCACCACCACAAGGCCACUCGAGGCAUCCGAGCGCGUCAGGCGUCCAACGAUCGAUGCCGCCUCCAAACUCACCACCACAGCACAACAAUGGCCCGAAUAAUCAUCAGAUGGGCUACAGUCUCCCCCCUCCGAGACCACCUCCCGUUUCGGUAAACAACCAAACAGGCUUCGCCAACGGUCGCGAGCUGCCAGCCAUCAACCCCAUGACAAGAUCUGGAAGUACAAACAGCAGCAUGUCGAUAUCUUCCAUGCUUGGUGGUCCUGCUCCUGGAAGGGAUUCUGGUGCACAACCCCAAUACCAGCCUCAACAGCCACCUCCCACAAGCGGACCCAUGUCAGCAGGUCCCAACUACGCGAGUCCAGUUCACGCCUCUCCGCGGAUGCACCCUAGCGAAUAUCAGCAGUACCGUCGACCCCAGACCCCAGAUCAUCAACGACCAUACGACGUGAGGGCGGAUUCGCGAGAUCCUCGGAAUAGUGCCGUAGCCUCCCCCCAAGGCAUGUAUCCUACACCCGAGGUUCAACGGUAUGGCACUCCGCAAGAAUACCGCCGAGGACCACCACCACCACCGAUGAAUGAGCCGGGGAGGGAGCCAGGAAGAAUGCAUCAAGGUCCGCCGCGACCGAGCAGUCAACCUAAAAUGUACAACAAUAUGCCUCCUGGCCGCCAAAUGGAACCUGGUCGACCCGGCCCUCCACCGCACGAUCCCAUGUACCAACGACGUGAAGAGCCCCCGCCUUCGGGCGAGUAUAAUCCCGAACGCCCCAUCAGGGUGUCCAACUACGAAGAUGCCAGAUAUCUGGCCGAGCGCGAGCGAAUGGAGCGAGAACAGCAUGAGAGGGAGAUGCAUUUCCGUGACCGUCACGAGAGAGAUCGUCAAGAGAUGGAAUUUCGCGACCGCGAGCAGCGUAGAGGGAUAGAGAGACGAAACUACGAGAGGCAAGAGAUGGAGCGGCGGGAACUUGAGCGACGAGAACGCAAUGGCGAGCUUGGGAGGCCCCCUCCCGGGCAUCCAGAAUACGGACAUGGCGGCGGACCGAGGGGGCCCCCGGGGCCUCCAGGGCCUUCAUAUGGUCGCCAGCCCGACCCGCGUGAGGAGGGGUGGCAACGGCACCAGUACGAGCAGUCUAGGCCUUAUGAUCCCGCAGGUCAUCCACCUCCUCGUCACCCCGACUAUCCUCCGUCGACAGGACCACCAUAUGGACCACACGCGGGACCAUACCAAGGACAACACCCGAUGGAUCAUCCUCCACCAACUUCGCAUCCUUCUCAAACCCCAGCCGUGAUGGCUCCAGGAGAGCGAGGCCCGUCACACCCGCACGCACAACCUUUCGAUUCACCCGAGCGACAGCGACAUGCCGCACCGCAUCAUCACCACCAACAGGGACCGCCACCUCACCUUAAUCCAGCCGACGAGCAACCACCACGUCCAUCAGUUGCCUAUUCGACUGGGCCUGGCGGGCUCAUGUAUGACUCGCCUCGCAACCGACCUCAAGCCCCCGAGGGUUUGACACCAACGGCGCAGCGCGAUCAACCAAGAAGCCUGCUCACCGUCCAGGAGAUAAAUCGAAAGGGCCGUUUGUCUCCAUUGCCUCAGGCGGUGCAGGGAGCCCAGUCACAGAUGCAGGGCCCCGCAGGAGAGCCUGGAAUCAAGAGCGAGUUUGGCAGGAUGUUUUCCGGUAUCGGCAGUGGAGUGGGUUCGCUUUCGAGCCCAGUGGCUGGUGGUGCGCAGCUGCCAUUUACCACCUCCGGACUGGCUCGGAAAGACGAUUCGGAUGGAACACCCGUUGAGGACAGGACGGACGCCAACGGUAAUAAAAUGGUUAGGGAAGGGUCUAAAAACAAGCGCCGAUCAAAGGUCAAGGACGAGGACAUCAUGCGGGCAGUAGAGGAUGGGAGGCAAACGCCAGUAGGGGGGCGCGGCAAGCGACCAAAAACAAACGCCCAUGGUCACCAUCACCAUCAUCAUCAUCAUCACCACCACCACGCCCACGCUGGAGAUCAGCACGGGAUCGCCGGUACCACGCCAUUCAAAACAGUCAAAGGUGUCGGCAACGUUCCAUCACCAACCCCUGGGCACGUACAUCAUCACCACCAUCACGCGCCACCGAGGCCACAACAAGCAAAGCCUCCGGGAGGUCAAGCACCGGCUAGUCCUGUUGUGACUGUCAUAUCGAAACCAAAACAAAUCAUCAGCUCGCAGGCUGUUCUCGAAAGUGUGGCAGAUAAGCCGCGACGACACAUUGGCGAUGUUUUAUACGAGGUAGCACUAGAGCCUGCACGUUUACACGACCCCAUAACGGGCCGCCCGCCCAAGGCACCGUUCAAAUCGACGCCGAAACCGCUGCCCUGGAGCUUGAUCAAGGACAAGGAGAACUGCACCCUGACGAUGAAGGUCAGCAAGGCACAUCUGCUGCCCGAGGCACGCGAGGAGAUCACGGCACGCCGGGCUUUGUGGGGGACAGAUGUCUACACGGAUGACUCGGAUGUGGUUGCCGCAUGUGUUCAUGGCGGAUGGUUCCGUGGCGAAUGGCCAGAAGAUGUCGACGUUGACAUGCUUGGGCUGUAUCCCGAGGAGCCCCCGGCAGCUGGGAGGGGCAAGAAGCAAGCGCAGCAUGUCACGAGCGAGAACCUGCCGACGCCCGACUUUCUCGACGCCCCGCUCAAGACGGGGCCCGUCAACGUCCCACCCAAUAAAGACCUUCACGUCACCCUAUUGAUCCUCCCCAAGCUGCAGAUGUAUGCAUCGACGGUGCGAUUCGGCAUCAAGAGCAGACAAUGGGGUAGCAUGCCAUCAUAUACGGAGAAUAGAGAGCCGCAAUAUGGACGCUGUGCCCCGCACGACGGGCUCAGCUUCAAGAUUCUGAGUAUCCGCUGGGUUACCAACGGCGCCGGAGCCCAGUCCCGUCUGAGAGGCGCAGCCAGGCGUGAGCGCAUGAGCCGCGCGCUGAGAGAGGUCGAGCUGAGCACGACGCCCAAAGGCUUGGAGUCGAGGAGCGGAAGCGUUAAUGGAAGCCUCCAGCGAGCAGGGGCUCAAGAAAAUGGUGGCGAUUCUCAUUCGGACAAGCAUCGGGGCUCUAACAAGGAGAAUGUCUCGGACGAUGCGGACGUUCAGGACUUCCCGAUGUCGGAUGUGCGAAGCGAACCUGUACCGCAGAGGGUCGGAAUUGAGGCAGCUUAGCCAGAUCUUGGGCUUCUUUUGCAGGUCUCCUGCCCUGGCGUCUACCAGGCCCUGAAAUAGUCCAUUCUGACUGGGCAUCUGCUCACGGGCAGCCUUUGACCUUGGACAGAUACCUACCCAGCUACGUCGAGUUUGGGAAUGAAGGUUAUGCAAAGAUUUUUUCUACUUCAGAACUUGCUAUACAGACAGACCAUAGAAGGCAUUGUUGUCUUGGUCUUGGAAUGCGCGAAGAAAAAGCGAUACUACCACGACGAUUACUUAAUUUUUUGAUAGCGGGAUCCACCAUGUUUUUAGAUUAUCAUAGUCUUGUAGUUUAUGUCUUGUCGAUCGAUCAGACUGAAUUAUAUACCCUUCUAGGCGAUCCAAACACAUAUCCACUCCUCUGUGAUUGCAUAAUGUUGUCGCUAUUUGUACAAUUCUAACCCCCUCAAAUUUCAUGGGCCGCGUACUUCGCUAUGUCUAUGUUGCUUAAUCCUACACGGCUUCCCUGGGGCAAACCUCUUGGUCGGAUAAGACAAUCGUCGGAAGAUGUCAGUCUAACCUCUCCACCCUAAUAAUGCGCCUGGCUAUGUCGAAGCACAAUAUCCGCCGUCUUGUUUUCCAAGUCCCCUAAUUAAAAGCGCAGGAGGAGCGCCCCUCCCUUAUGAAGCCCUUUCCUUCCCCCCAUUUUCUUUUUCAAAAGUCCGUAACGCGCCCAUUGAAGCUGUAAUCCCCAGCGGCGCCCCACCUCAGCGGCUCGUUCUUGGGGCCGCCGACCUCGCCGGUCUUGGGGUUGACUUCGCCCUCGAACUCGGGCGGCGCGCCCUUGCGUAUGCCGCCCGAGGUCGCAGCCGCCGCGCCGUUGUUGGUCGCGGCGUCCUCGACCUGGACAGGCCGCGGCGCUUCGGACACGGCGGGAGUGGUGGAAGAGAAGUCGGCGACCGAGGCUUCGCGCUGCAGCCGCUCGAAUUCGGCUUGCUGCUCGGCGGGCAGACGCGGUGGGGACGGGCCGGGGUUGAAGGUGGACGAGGCGCGGGCGAUUGUGCGGGUUGUUGGGGUCGGACGCAUGGCGGGCCGGCUGGUGGUUAGGGGUCGGGCGACAAGGUUGCGGGUCAGCAGGGUGAGUGUUCUUGUUGAUGGUGACAUUGUGUUGUUUUGGUUUAGUAUGUUGAUCGGAGUUUCGGUGAUGGGCGAUGGUUGAGGAUGACUUGUUGUGUGGUUGGUUGUGGUGACUGUUGAUUCUAAA